AUGGCCACCAGAACACGAUGUGUUACUUUCAAAAUCGAGAAUUGGAAUUUCAACCAAGUAAUAAUCGCAGCAUCACAGGCUGCUUUCAAGGUGGAGCAAGCCGUUGGGCACGAUGGCAGCGCCACCACGCAACAGGAUGUGAGCAACCCAGCACUAGAUAGAUCAAAAUACGCCGAUCCGAGCGGCGAGAAGAUGAAAGCUUUGAUAUGGAUGGGAAAGAACCAUGUGGAAGUUCAAGAAGUUCCAAAACCACAUGUAGUGGAACCUAGAGACGUUGUCUUGCGCGUUACUGGUUCUACUAUCUGUGGUUCCGACUUGCAUCUCCUGCACGGGACCAUUUUGGAGCUGCAGAAAGGCGACAUCCUGGGCCACGAGUUCUGCGGCAUCGUGGAGUCUGUCGGCCCGCAAGUCAAGAAUGUCAAGCCUGGCCAGCGUGUGGUGGCCAGCUUCCAGAUUGCAUGCGGGGAAUGCGGACCUUGCAAGAAGAAGCAGAGUAGCCAGUGUGAGAAGACGAAUGAAAAUUCGCUGGCAGCUGCUAUGUAUGGGACUCAGACUGCUGGCCUUUUUGGAUACUCUCACUUCACGGGUGGCUUUGCAGGCGGACAGGCAGAAUACGUCCGUGUUCCGUUCGGGGACGUCAACCUCCUGAAACUACCAGAUAGUGUCCCAGACGAGAAAGGCCUCUACCUCUCCGAUGUCAUCUGCACAGCUUGGAAUGCCAUCGUAGACACUGGCGUCGAAAAGGGCGACGUCGUUGCUAUUUGGGGAGCAGGUCCUAUCGGCCAGAUGGCUGCCGAUUUCAGUCUUCACAACGGUGCUGCCCGCGUUAUUCUCAUAGACAACAACUGGCGCCUCGCCUACGCGAAGUCCAAGUGCCUCCGGGUCGAAACGCUAAACUACACCGCACUCAAGCGUGGAGAGUACGCGAAGGGCUGGGCGCAUUACUUUGAGUUGAUGCUGGGAAUGGAGACGGAUACAUCUGAGCUCGUGAACGAGAUGCUAACGUCGGUGAAAUCAUAUGGGCGCUGCGGUAUCACGGGUGUAUACACAGGCUUCACGAACCACUUUAACAUCGGGGCGCUUAUGGAGCGCGGGAUUAGGUUGAUUGGAAAUGGACAGGCGCCUGUGCAUAUGUAUUGGGAGAAGUUGCUGGGGAUGGUUGAGAAGGGGGAGAUUGACCCAUUGAAGAUGGUGACGCAUCGGGUCUCCUUGGAUGAGAUGGACACGGUGUAUAUGAAGUUUGACAAGAAGGAGGAUGGGAUGCAGAAGGUGUUUGUGCAGACCAAAUUUAGUGCCCCGCCUGCGAAGGGGAGCCCUGUGUUGACGACGUGGAAAGAGUAG